AUGCCUCCCAAACCCACUCGCCUUGAAUCUAUUCUGCGUCCAUGCGGUAUAAUCUGGUUCUCCAUCUGCUGUCAAAACCGCCUUCCAUCAACAACAGUACACUGGCAAGCUCUGAAACAAGCCAUUCGGCAAAACGGCCUCGCAGCACUUAUCCACCCAGCACAAAUCCGAGAUGCCGCUUCAGCAAAGCUACUCAGUAUAUCGUGUCAGUUGCAAGCCACUCCUUUCCUUCAAUGUCAUGAGUUGUACUAUACAUAUAGCACUAAACUGACCACCAUCCCAGCUGAAAACUUCAUCGCAUACGAAGACACAACCAUUGUCCCCUCGCUCGUGAAGGCAGCCAACGGCAUGAUUCUCGAACUAGGCCCCGGCCCCGGGAACCAGAUUCACCGCUUCGAUAGCUCGCUCGUGCAGCAUAUCUAUGGUAUCGAGCCCAAUGUGCAUUUCAGAGAUACCUUAGAUGCAAAAUUGGGUAAGCAUGGUCUGGGAGAUAAGUAUACGCUUUUGUCUUGUGGGAUUGAGGAUAGCGAUGUUCUUAGAAAGGAGGGGAUCGCGGAGGGGAGUCUGGAUGCUGUGUUGUGCAUCCAGGUUCUUUGUGCGGUGCGGGAUCCGAAGAUAGUCAUGAAGGAGGUGUGGAAGUUGCUUAAGCCUGGGGGCAAGUUUAUUUUCUGGGAGCAUGGGUGGAGUCGGGAUCGGGUGACAAAUGUUGCUCAAGCUUGUUGGAAUCCGGCUUGGAGCACGUUUGUGGGUUGUGAGUUGACGCGGAAUGUGUUGGGGGAUAUUCUGAGUUGUGGCGAGUGGGAGAAUCCGGGUGAGAUUGAGGAACCUGAGGAACCGUUUAGCUUGUUGCCGAGGAUUCAGGGCGUUCUUAUCAAGAAGAAAGCUUAG